CAUUGAGCGCUCACCUUACACUCAAUUGCAAAUUUGAAAGAAAACGUUUUUUGCCUGCCUGUGUAAGCAUUCUAGUGACUGUCCAACACAGUUCUUGGGUCAUCGAGACACCGUGGAGAUAGCUAGCAGGUGCUGAAGCCUUGUUUAUGAGUGGGAAACAACAUACUGAACACAGGUCACAAUGAAACCAUCAAGUAUUGCGCGCAAGACGAUACCUUCCGCGCGGCCAGCAUCUGCCAAAAUAGCAGGAUCCAACAAAGAAGCCAAAGAGAAUGAGGGUUUACCAGAGACAUCGGGAAAACCACGCCCGUCAUCCGGUCCACUACCAAAAAGUCGCGCCGGUAUAUCCGCUGCGCCGUUGCGUAAUCAGAUCCCAGCGGGUAAUCGGCCAGCGUCCAGCGCCAACAAGCCGUCAGCUUCAUCGGUGCCGUCGAGGGUCGUUCGUAAGCCGGCUGCCGGCGCCCCAGCCAGACGGCAGCCGGGCGCCUCCGGCGGGGACAGCUCGCAGGGGACGGGGCCGCCGGUCAGGAGCGGCGCGCCCGCCCGCCGCGGCCCGCCCCGACCUAGGGGCCUGGCGACGGUGGGUGCCGCCGCGCCGCUGUUCGCCAACCCUGGCGACCAGAAGGAGCUGCACCCGGCCAUCAUUAAGGCCGCCAGGAGGUCGGGUCAGCUGAACCUCUCUAGCCGCGACCUGGCUGAAGUCCCAGCGAAGGUCUGGCGCAUCAACGAGAUCGACAACGACGAGGCAAAGCAGCUGGCCAUGUCGAUGGACGGCGGUGAGGAGCGCUGGUGGGACCAGGUGCCGCUCACCAAGCUGCUUCUCUGCGGCAACCAGCUGAAGCACGUCUCCGACGAGUUGGGCCUCCUCACCCACCUGCAGACACUGGAUCUGCACGAUAACGCGCUGGCGGAGCUGCCGGCAUCGGUGGGCGAGCUGCACGCGCUGACUCGGCUUGUGCUGAGUCACAACCAGCUGCGCCGGCUGCCCGAGGAGCUGUUCGCCGUGACCUCGCUGCGCCAGCUGCUGGCCGACCACAACCGGCUGGAGCAGCUGCCCGAGCAGGCGGGCGACUGUCUGGACCUCGAGCUGCUGGACGUGUCGCACAACUGCCUGACGAGCUUGCCGGCCGGCUUGGGCUACCUGCACAAGGUGUCGCGUCUGGCCGCCUCCGAUAACCAGUUGGAGACGGUGCCAGACGAGCUUGGCUCGAUGACCAGCGCUGGCCACACGGGAGGAGGUCUGCGCGCGCUGGAUCUGGCGCGGAACCGUCUGGGCGCGGUGCCGGCCUCCCUGGGACAGCUGUACCAGCUGGAGGUGCUCGACCUGCGGCAGAACCUGCUGACCGAGAUGCCGCCGUUGACCGACUGCCACGCACUUAAAGAGCUCCACCUGGGCUUCAACCAGGUCAAAGAGAUCGGCGUGGAGCUGCUGGAGAGCCUGAAGUCGCUGAUCAUCUUGGACUUGUCCAACAACAAGAUCGAAUCGCUUCCCGAUGACAUUGCUGUGCUGCAGCGGCUGGAGCGGCUCGACCUCAAAAACAACGACCUGUCCGUCGCGCCGCUGCGGCUCUGCCUGCUGCCGCUGCUCAAGUCCGUCCAGCUGGAGGGCAACCCGCUGCGCUCGGUGCGACGCGACCUGCUGACGCGCAGCACCCAGCAGCUGCUGCGACACUUCAGGGAAGACAUGGAGCGCCUGCGGGGUCAGGCGGAGGUGGACGGCCUGAUCAUCCCGGGCCUGGGCCAGCGCGGCGAGUCCGCAGACGCCGACGGCGGACAGACGCCCGAACAGGCGCGCAUGCACGAGGUCUACAAGAUGAAGAGCAGCCGCCUGCUGUCCCACACCGGUCAGAAGGCGGCGGAAAUACCGCCGGACCUCUUCACCAUGGGCCAGGAGGCUGAGGUCACAACCGUCGACUUUAGCAAGAACCUGCUGACCAGCGUGUCUGAUAGUCUGCUGCUGCUGAGCGGACACCUGGCCGAGCUGAACCUCAACAGCAACCGGCUGACGGCGCUGCCCGAGGCGCUGGGCCAGUGCUGCCGACUCACCUACCUGAACGUCAGCGGCAAUCAACUGACAGCCCUGCCCGACAGCCUGGGCACGCUCAAGUACCUGCGCGAGGUCUGCCUCACGCUGAACAGGUUUACGGCCGUGCCGCCGGUGCUGUACGGCGUCGCCUCCCUGGAGAUCAUUCUGGCCAGCGAUAAUCAAAUCACCGAGAUCGAGGUGGAGCAGCUGCGGCGGCUGGGCCGCCUGGCAACGCUCGACCUGCGCAACAACAGCAUUCCCCACGUGCCGGCUCGACUGGGCACCGUCACCCAGCUCAGGAGCCUCAGUCUGGAGGGCAACCUGUUCAAGCAGCCGCGGCCGACGGUGCUCGCGCAGGGCACGGCGUCCGUGCUGCAGUACCUGCGCGACAGGAUACCCAGCGCCGAGCGCGACCAGUGAGCGAGGCCGUGGCGCCGCCGAAGCUUGCCCUCCAGCCGGCGGAUCGCGCGGCCGGCCGUGUGGGCCGCUGUCGGGGUGGCGGGACAGGACUGGAGACCAGAGCUAGUCGCCGGCUGUUGAGAUGGACCGAGCUCGACGGUCUCGGCCCAUCUGUGAUCAGGGAAAGGGCUAGAUUGGUGUAAGGAGGGGAAUGCUGCCGUCGGCAGGGCAGACAGAGCGCGUGUUGCCGUGUGUGCCCCUGUGAGCGAGGGGUGGCGGGCUGGCGUCGGCCCCGGCCGGCGGCACUGUCUGAUGUCACGGCUGUCGGCCCCGGCCGUGGGGGCGUGAUGGUGACGCCGCGCGCGUUGCCGCUCGCUCGUUCAUGCCUGGGCAUGUCUCCGGACCGGGACGGGCCGGCGCCUCUGACCUACCCCGUGGGGGGGGGGACGGCCCACCGUGCCGACCGCGGCCGCCGACACCUCUCCUCUCGCCCAGCGUGGACCACUGUCGCGCCUGGUGGUGGAGAUGCUCCUGGUGGCGCGGUGCCUGCUCGCACGGAGCACCGCACGAUCAACCAGUGGCAGCUUGCUUAACCAGCUUCACUAAAUAACUAGUUAACAGCUGCGCUCUGGUGUGCCUUGGACCAAUAGCUUAGCGUGCUGAAGUUGUGUGCUGAAGGUCUGUCCUCGUCGUUGUUCACUUGGAAUAAAAGGAUAAUGCUGUGUCGUGCAGGGUGAGUCACAUGCUCAGUAUUGCAGCCGGGGAACAAUUCAGACGUAAACCCUGUUAGUCCCGCCUUUUCAGCUUGUGGCAGGACGAGGGGUAAUCAAUCCUUUAAGAUGUACGCAUUAUUCUUCAGCUCAUAAGUUAUGCAACGUCUUCAGUUGAACUUUUUAAUGGCUUUUAACACUCGUUGAUUGUUAUGAGAGGAUUCACAUUGGCAUGUGUGUACUUAUUUCAUACUUGCGUCCCCAGCAUGUUAGUGAUGUCUUUCCUGUUUACGGAUCAAAUCGCUGUGGGUUCUGCGAUAACUUGACAUACUGCUGGGGAUCAAGUACGAAACCUGUCACUGGAUCAUUUCAAGUUAGAUUUGUUUGAAUCGAUUGAUCCUAUUGUGAGUACUGGGCGUUGAUGCAGUGUCACUCAUUCCACGGAGUCUGGUGUUGUACUACGCACCUAAGCCAGAAUAUUCGCAACGCAAUAUCGCACUGUACCGUUUGAACACGAGCCGAAUGACAUUUCGCGUCGCUUUUACUGACGACGUAACGAUGCUGUGCAUACCUUCGAUGUCCGUGAGUGAUCGAUACGACUGCAGACUGCUGGUCUGCCCAGUCGUGGGCGCCCACCCACUGUCGAUUCAAUAAACCUGACAUGAACUGGG